AUAUUCAUUAUAUAGGAGAGGACUAUAUAGUGCAUCAUUGUCCAUCUCUAUGGCUUCCUCUCUCUCUUUUCCACUGUGUUUCGAGAAUUCACAUCGAUAUAACGAGAAAGAAUGUAAUGAUAACGGCAAGAAAAUAAAGGCUCCAUGGUCAUAAUACUUUAAAUAUAAUUAAAUUAAAGCGUGUAACAAGGAAAUGAGACGAUCUAGUUGUGGGCCAGCAGAGGCUGAAUUUGAACCAAAUUCGGCCCAUAACCUUAUUUUUUACAUAAUGUUUAUAUGAUGAAUAGUUUAAUAUUUUCCAACACAGUCUCACUCCCUACUCGACAAAUGUGUGAUGCAUGGCCAAGGAUCCCUGGCGUCAAUUUCCGUCUGAUCUUUAGUUUUAUAGUUAUUAGGAAGAUUUUAUCCGCUCGCUCGCAUGUUUCAACGACGUCAGGUUGCUAGAGACGCUGCUUUCGCUAAACUAACAGCUCACGUGUUUCCUGCGUUUGUGUUAUUAAACCGUUACUUUAUGUAACUUUUAAUGAUAUGAUCUUGUUAGAAACACGUAUAUCUGAGAGCCAACCCAGUCUCCAAAAGCAUACGUUGAUAGUGUACGUUUUCGUGAACACUGGAUUACGUUGCAUUUCAACAUAAAAUAGCGUGUUAUAUACACACACACACACACACACACACACACACACACACACACACACACACACACACACACACACACACACACACACACACACACACACACACACAAUGCAUUUUGCUGCUAAAACAAAACAAAAAAAUAUUCCCUCAAAUAUUAUUACUUAAAUAAAUACUAAGGCAGAAUAAAGAAUAAAUUCAUUCAUUAUCAUUCAACUUGAACAUGUGUUCUUACAGUAUAGAGUGGUGGAGGGAUGAUGUAUGUUGGCCAACCCGGAAGUGAGCGUCACCGUGGGUUCCCUUGACAACAAGCCAACGGGUUUUUCCAUUGGAUUUUGUAUUAUUGCAGAAAAAUUAGCAUCUUUGAAGCACCUCCUCAAAAACUGAAAAUAAAUAAAUAAAUAAAAAUAACCGUGCUCCAAAGAACGAAAUUUAAACCAAUGCAUUCUGAAUGGGAGUGUUUCUCUGAUUUUUCCAUGCUACACAGAACGAAAUGUAAUGUUUGAUGACGAGAGAGCGAUCAAAAAAAGAGUCUGAAAGAGAAUAAAAAGAAGAAGAAUGCAGGAGAACCGUACUAGUGAUGAUGAUGAUGAUGAUGAUGAUGAUGAUGAUGAUGACGAUGAAGAAUGGAUUAGCAGCAUGUCUUGUUCUCCCUCAGAUGCCUGUGAACUCACACUGGACCCAAACACGGCCCACAUACGACUCUCUCUGUCUGAGGGCAACAGGAAGGUGACGCUGGUUGGAGAGGACCAGUCGGAUCCGGAUCACCCAGAGUGUUGCCAGGUGUUGGGUAGAGAGGCUCUGACCGGCCGCUGUUACUGGGAGGUAGAGAGGAAAGGACGUGUUGAUAUAGGAGCGACAUACAGAGGAAUCACAAGGAGGGGAGGGGGUGAUGACAGCCUGCUUGGAGAGUACAACCAUUCCUGGAGUCUUUAUUGUGAUGAUGACGGUUAUUCUGCCUGGUACAACGCUCGUGGAACAGCCAUGCUUCUCCCCUCCACUGGCUCCACCAGAGUAGGAGUGUAUCUGGACCGGGCCGCUGGCUCUCUGUCCUUCUACAGAGUGUCCCCAGGUGGAGGAGGGUCCUCAGACACACUGACACACAUCCACACAUUCUGGUCCUCCUUCACCCAGGAGGACCUCCUCCCUGGGUUUAGGGUAUGGGGGGAUCAGCGGGGUGCCUCAGCGUCUCUGUCGGGUUUAGGUUGGGGUUAGGGGGGGGUCCUCCUCAGUGUCUCUGUGUGGGUUGUAGAAAAAAAAAACAUACAGACGGGCGGGCGCGCACACACACACACACUCACACAAACACACACACACACACACACACACACACACACACACACACACACACACACACACACACACACACUGCUUUUGUGUUAGAGGAUGAGUGGCUUCGGAUGAAGGGCCUUUGGAGGCCUGAGAGGACUGAUGACUCAGUAGUCACGUUUCCAUCAACAGGUUAAGCGAUCUUUAGAAAGUUCGCAAAAAAGAAAUACGAAUUAGAUGCGUUUCCAUCAAGUGGUUUGAGCGGAAAACUACACACAUUCCAGGGCUUGUCGUAUCCUUUUGAUGACAUGCUCUCUCUUGAUAUAUAGUGGAAUUGAGUUGUUGUUUUCCAUCUAAAAUAGCUGUAAGGUUUUUUUCUUCGAUGAAAGCAAGGAAUAGUUUUACCUCUUCAGCGGUCCACACAUAUCUAUUAUUCACAUUGGCCAUCUGUUCCAUGGACGUAUUUAAAGGAUACAUUGUACAUAUUUAUAAUUCAAAAUUCAUCCCAGCCUUCAUACCACAGAUACGCUAGGGUCUAUAGCAUAUAACCACGUUCUCUGAUUACAGUUUAAUUAUUUUUUCACAAUUUAGCAGCUCUGGUUUUGAAGAAUAAUCACCGCACCAUUUGAUUCAAUUGGAAACGCGACGGUCUAUAAUUUCAACGUAAAGUGUACAUAUUUAUAACUUGAAAUUUGCCCCAGCCUUCACACCACAGAUACUCUAGGGUCUAUAGCAUCUAACCACAUUUUCCUGAUUACAGUUGAAUGCAUUUUUCACAAUUUUCCAGCUCUCGUUUUGAGGGCUGAACAGACAAUUUGAUUGGAACUACUUAGUAGGUAUCCACAUCA